AUGAUUCGAGAUCUCCAGUUGGAAAUUGGACGGCAGACUUAUGAGAGCAUUGCAACUAGUGCUCUCAAUUCUGCCAAGGCCAUCACCAGACGGAAGAUCGCUGCUGGUGAUGUAGUGGAGAGUAUCAUGUCCAAUGCAUUCCCGGAUGCAAAUCAGUGGCCGAUGGUAGCGUUGAAUGGAUACUACUCCACUGCCAACGAGGUGGCAAACUUGGCUAGCGACGUCAAUACCUCCAUGCAGAUUGGGCUGUUGGUUUUGGUGGAGCCCGGUGAAGAGGCGUACGCCUUUGAAGAGCAUGCCAAACAGUACUACAAGGAUCAAGGCUACCCUGAAGAUGCAGGAACAACCGCAGCUGGCUUUGGGAUUAGACGAAGAGAUGAGACGUCGAAAACAGGGUAUACGCUUGACAGGACAGGCGAAAACAACACGUACGGUAGCACCAACAAAGUGCUGGUUCCGGUGCUUGAUCAUUCAACGUGGAAGAGCCCCAUGCUAAUGUAUGACACCCAUGUUUCCAGUACCGCAAUCGACAGUAUCAUCGAUUGCUCGAGACGGCAUAAUGAAGACCCAUUGUCAGCAUCGCUAUCAGUCCACAGCCACUAUGGAUUACCAUGUUCCAAACCAACAUGCAGCGUCGUUACUGGAUUCCGCACGCGCGGGGAAGAUCUGAUAUCGCUCAUCUACAAGCCUAUCUAUGCGAACGGACGACACAACGAAACGAAGCUCGUCGGAAUGAUUGGGCUCUCCGUGAACUUCAAAGAUGUGUUACAUAGUGUGAUUCCGGAUUACUUUGAUGGGAUUCACGCCGUAAUUUCAACACACUCUAUGUCUGAAAACCACACCAACAUCGAAUACUCAAAAGCUACAUAUGACAUCCGAUCUGGAGUGCCACAGCUGAAAGGUCCAGGCGAUUUACAUCUCGAGGACUUCGACACGUACGGAAGAAGCAUCGUGCUAAACGACAUCAGUACGGACGCAUCCGACGCCGUCGUAUAUACCUUGACUAUCUAUCCCUCCUCCUUCAGCCAGUAUCGCACUGGAAGCCCUCUGGUGGUUGCUAUUGGGUUGGCAGCUGUCAUCCUUGCCUGUAGUAUCAUGUUCUUCUUGUACGAUACGCUGAUGCGCCAAGAGUCACACGAGCAGAGAGCUAUCCUCGAGCUGAAACGGCGAUUCGUUCGGUUCAUUUCACACGAGCUACGAACACCGCUUCAGACCGUUAGCAUGGGGAUAGAGCUUCUGGAAUCGGACAUCGUCACCUACAACCCCCGUCUCGCCAACAAGGAUGCAAAGACGCCGACCCACCCCGUUUCCAAAGGGCAAGAGAGUACAAGCAUUCCCAUUGAUGAGGCAAGUAUUCGAUUCUGGCACGAGAUUGCCGUGGACAUCAAGGACAACGCCGCCGGAGCAGUCAGCAUACUCAACGACUUGCUCAACUACGACAAGGUCGAGACCGGGGUGUUGCAUAUUGAGGCGGAGGUGGUAGACAUUCUGCAGCUGGUCAAGAAGACUGCAAAGAGAUUCACAGCUCAAGCAAUCCAAAAGCAGGUUAGUCUAACAUUGACUACGCACUGUCCUGGAGGUGUCCCAUGUGAAUUUGAAGUCGAUACAGCCUUGAGCAAUCUGAAGGUUCUCGGGGACUCGAUGAGACUGAGCCAAGUCCUCUGCAACCUCUUCUCAAAUGCGCUAAAGUUUACACCAUCAGACGGAUUUGUUCGAGUGAAUGUACGCUUCUGUAUUUGCCGCAAUUGCAAUUCUUGGGCGUUGCUACAGAGCGUUGGCCAUGUCAAGGGAAGAGUUGAAACUGAUUGCCCAGUUGCUGGCUCUGUCUCGAUUGAUGUCGUGGACUCUGGGGUUGGCAUGACACUGAACCAGGUGGAAUUGGUCUUCAAAGAGGGCGUGCAAUUUGACGCCAACAAGCUCCAGGCAGGCGGCGGUUCGGGGCUCGGGCUUUGCAUAUCGCGAGGAAUCAUUGACCGCCACAACGGAGUCAUCAGUGCUAAAUCUGAAGGCAAAGGAAAAGGUUCCACUUUCUCUGUCCUGCUCCCACUGUACGACUUGGGAAGCCCCCUCCAAGACUCUGCAAAGCAAAGCACCGCUCAAAAUGUUGAGCUUAAUCGCGUGGAGUCCACUUGUAAUUCUACAUGCUCUCAGGGACAAGUCCUUGACGACCCCGUUGAGAAGGCGAAACACGACACGAUGGAAUCGCCGCCACCACCACCACCAUCAAAGUCACCUCCUCCCUUGGCUCUUCCGUGCUGUCGAGAUAAGCCACAUCAUGACAUUCUGGUGGUUGAAGAUGUAGCAUCUAGCCGAAAGAUGUUGAUAAGACUAUUGGAGCGUGCUGGUCACACUUGCGAGCCAGCUGGAGACGGGAAGGAAGCUAUUCAAGCGGUAGUGAAGAACAUGGAACAAGAUGUAGAACAAGGCCAACACAUGAGUAUUCCUUUUGACACGAUCUUGAUAGAUUAUGAAAUGCCAAUUUGUAAUGGACCAGAUGCUACAGAAGAAAUAAGAAAACUGGGUUUUGAUGGAUUGGUGUUUGGAGUGACGGGCAACUUACUCCAAGAGGACGUGGAACACUUCCUCUCUAAAGGCGCCGAUGAGGUGCUUCCCAAACCAGUGACACUCGCCCUCAUCAAUGAUGCUUGGAAACGACAUCCGAGGCAACCACCACAAGAUAAGGUUGAAGUGCCCAUAUUGGAUGACAACGAGAUUGACGUCGACGGCAUAUCUGUGUAA